CCAUUUCCAGCCAGUGUUUCUAUUUUCCUUUUUUUCUUCCUGUCAAAAUGCUAAGAUAUACAGUUUCUCUUUCCAUCUCUCUCUCUCACACACGCAUACACACACACAGAGUAACCUUUGUACCUGUAUGUGAUAAGCUGAAAGCUCAGAACCUCCGAAUGUGUUUCUAGAGACGGAAGUGAUCAGUCACCUUUACAGUUUCGACGCCUCCUGUGUGUUUGAGCGUGUGUCUGUUCUCAUGAAGAGGGGAAAAUGGCAGACGGUCAGCUAACCAGUCAAGAGUCCUUCAUGUGCUCAGUCUGUCUGGACCUGCUGAGGGAUCCCGUCACCGUCCCCUGCGGUCACAGCUACUGUAUGGGCUGCAUUGAGAACCACUGGCGCCACGAGAGAGCCGCCCGAGUCGUCUACAGCUGCCCACAGUGCAGACAAAGCUUCACGUCAAAGCCUGACCUCAGGAAAAACGUCCUCCUGGCCCAAGUGGUGGAGAAUCUCAGAAACCCCUCUGAUGUCCAGGUGGCCCCUCUUCCUGAUUGUUGUUAUGCUGGACCUGGAGAUGUUGAGUGUGACGUCUGCACCGGGAGGAAACUGAAGGCCGCGAAGUCCUGUCUGGAGUGCCUGGUGUCUUACUGUGAGAGCCACAUCGGGCGCCAUGACGAACUCUUCUCAGGGAAGAGGCACGUGUUGGUCAAGGCCUCGCCGUCUCUGAAGAAGAGGAUCUGCCCUCGACACCACAGGCUGACGGAGGUGUUCUGCUGGACAGACCAGCAGGGACUUUGCUACCAGUGCAUGCUGGAAGGACACAAGAGCCACGACACGGUUUCAGCAGCAGAGGAGAGACAGAAACAAGAGCAGGAAAUGCGGCAAAAAAUCAAGCAAGGAAUCCAGGUGAGAAUGGAGAAGUUGCCGGAAGUGAAGACGACUUUGGAGACUCUCAAGCGUUCUGCACAGAUAGCAGUGGAGGACAGUGAGAGGAUCUUCACUGAGAUGAUCCGCUCCAUUGAGAGAAGGCGCUCUGAGGUGAAAGAGCUGAUCAAAGCUCAGGAGAAGGCUGAGGUGAGUCGGGCUGAAGGACUCCUGAAGCAACUGGAGCAGGAGAUUGCUGAUCUGAGGAGGAGCGAUGCUGAACUGGAGCAGCUUUCACACACAGACGAUCACAUAUUUUUCCUCAAGAAUUUCCAGUCUCUCUACAUAAACCAUGAAACCAAGGAUCUACUCAUCACCAAUGCCAGUGGUAAUCCCUUUGAUAAAAUAAAAAGAGCAGUGUCUUAUCUCAGAGAUCAACUUAACGACUUUAAACUGGAGAAAGGAAUUGCAUCUAUUGAAACAGUCAAUCCAGUGGUUCUUUUGCCAGUACCAAAGACAAGGAUGGAGUUUUUGCACUAUGUUUCUAAGUUGACACUGGAUCCCAACACAGCAUUCAAGCACCUUAGACUAUCUGAGAAGAGCAAAAUGGUGUCACUGCACCUCCUAGCCGAGUCAUAUUCUGAUCAUCCCGAGAGAUUUGAUAGCUGGGCUCAGGUGCUAUGUAGAGAGGGUGUGUCUGGACGCUGCUACUGGGAGGUGGAGUGGAGUGGUCGUGUAGCUAUAGCAGUCUCGUAUAAAAGCAUCAGCAGGAAAGGAGGGGGUAAUGAGUGUGGGUUUGGAUAUAAUGAUCAGUCCUGGUGUUUGGAUGUGUUUAAGUUACAUUGCUUAUUUCGUCACAAUAACAAGGAGGUUCGUCUCCCUGUAGUACAUGAGGCCAAAAUAGGUGUGUAUGUCGAUCACAGGGCAGGAGUUCUGGCCUUCUACAGCAUCUCUGACACAAUGACCCUCCUGCACAGAGUCCAGACCACAUUCACUCACACACUCUACCCUGGGUUUUGGUGCCGAUUUCAAGUAAUAGAUAUGCAUGGGUCAACAGUGAAGAUUCUGAGCUAAUCUGGACCUAUAUUUUUAACAAAACCAUUACAUUAAUACACAGGAUU